AUGGACGAUUCAUUUCCACUAUUUAAGUGUUUCCUAAUCACAAAAAAAUCUGCUUUAAAAUAAUAUAACUUCAAUUUAAUUGAUCCCGAGCAUCUUGAAGAAUAAUUCAACAACCCAAAUAGUUAUACAAUACAUACCUUCUCCUUUGAUUAUAUGUACGAUUAAGAUAACUCACAGGAAGAAGUAUACUAUAAUACAGCAAGAGAUGCAGAGUUCUCUGCCUUUAACGUCACCAUCAUGGCAUAUGGACAGACUGGCACUAGACAUUUCCAAUGGAGGGAUUUAAUUACAAUUGUAUAAAUCCUUAAAGAGGAAUCAUCUCAAGUGCAAACGAGGAAAUAUUUAAGUGCAUUUCAAAUGGAUCCAAUGAAUUCACCCUCAUGA